CCCCUCGCCAACGAACGACAAAGUGACCGAUCUGACUUUUGGCAGAGCGGGCAACGAAUUCGCCUUGAAACGGUGGGGAGAAUUCGAAGAUCCAAGUGGACGGUACACCGAGAGAGAGAGAGAGAGAGGAAACAGUGCGUUUGGUGAUUCGUUGUGAUGAGACAGAAACGGAUCUCGGAAGGAUCUUGUAACAUCAAAGACUCAGAUGUCUCUGAUCGGUACGGCCGAUUUUUAACCGGUGCUCCUGUCAUGUGAUUUUUCGUACGUACUCGUAAAUAACGAACGCUUGGCCAUGAAGGCGCUGCGCAAGACGAAUUAAACGAAAUCUCUUUUGUACCAUUUGCGAGCCUACGUACUAAAAUAAAGAGUCAAUGUGUACGUACGAAGCGCAUCCUAACGAAGAAUGCUCUCGCCUCGAUUUUAACGACGCUCGUCCACGCGGUCGACGCCUUCGCGAUUUUGAUACCCGUUCUUGAACCGAUCUUCGAGUCGACCUGUCAGGGAUUCAAGCAACGAGUGAAAGAAUUGCAAUUUACCACGAUAAGACUCUCUUGUAACAUGGUGGAGAGCACCUAUGCGAGUGAUUCGCCUAGAUCGCGUUCUCCGAUGACGGAGCCGUCGAGCCCCCUUCAAGAUGGUCCCGGAAUAUCCGGCUACGGUCACCGAUAUCUCUACAGCUACUCGCCGGAAAGUUUGCAGCACAAGCUGAAGAACGACGAGCAGAACAAUGUGACCGUACGGCGACACGACAUCGACGGACGCGAGCGAACGUUCUCCAGGAGUCCAGUGAGUUCCGAGGAGAUGCGAUUCAGACCACGCGAGGUCUCCAAGCCGAGUUCAUCGGCGACCAUGUCCUCACCCACGUCCGCCUUCACUAUCGAGAAUAUCUUAGCGCCUAGACCAAUCGGGAACAUGACACCGACCAACGCCAGCGGCCUCGGGUCCAUCAUUCAAAACCCGGAAGCCGUAGGAUCGCCGUCGAGGGCCAUGCAUCCUCUUCAACAACAGAUCCAUCAUCUCGCGUUCACGUCCGCCGAUUUGUUCGCCGCGGCGUAUCCUAGUUUAUACUCCGGCGGCUACGUGGCAGCAAUGGCAGCCGCCGGCGUUUCGCUUCAUGGUCAACCGGCCUUCUAUCACGCGGCUCAUCCCUAUCAAAUAAAUCCGAGCGCAGCGGCGGUGGGACCGAUGGCGAAGAGGAAGCGCCGCCAUAGGACAAUAUUCACGGAGGAACAGCUGGAGCAACUGGAAGCCACUUUCGACAAGACACAUUAUCCGGACGUGAUACUGAGAGAGCAACUCGCGCUUCAGGUCGAUCUUAAGGAAGAACGAAUCGAGGUGUGGUUCAAGAACCGACGUGCCAAGUGGCGUAAACAGAAACGGGAAGAGCAGGAACGUAUGCGGAAACUUCAACUGGAACAACGUCAGCGCGCCGACGACAACGUUCCAACGCCUACGGUCAAGGUGGCCGAGCAUUUGACGCUGGCCAGGCAGCAACAGCAACAGCAACAACACGAACAAGACACCGACAGCUCGGACCUCGAAGUGGCGUAGUCAAGAUAUCGGUUGUAAAAUUAUUCUUAAAGUUUCUUCUGUCUUUACGUUCCUCUUUCUCUUUUCUUUUCUUUUCUUUUUUUCAUUUUUUGUUUCGUCGACGGUCAAAAAGAUUCGAAACACCGGACAGGUGUGUUUCUUUCCUACCCUCGUGCAGGGGACAGACGUGUAAAUACCGAAUUAGGAUGUAAAUAUGUUUGUACAUAUAGCCUACGAUCGAUGUGUAUAAUAGGUAGUGAAAUAAAUUAUUGA